GUGUGGCAGAGGUUUGGGGUGAGGGAGGGGUGUGGCAGAGGUUUUGGGCGUCCCUCCCUGCAGGGAAAGUCCAGCUCACUCCAACCUUGAGAGACUCGCUCUGACUGCAGCUGCUCACACAAGAACUCCACAGCUCAUCUUCAUCAUCUUCAUCAUCUUCAUUAUCUUCAUCAUCAUCUUCAUCAUCAUCAUCAUCCUCUCCGUCUCCAUCCCGCGUCAUGACGACCUCAUCUUCGUCCAAAGCGCGUAGCGUGGUCCUGGCGCUGCUGGCGCUGUGGGCCGUGGUGUCUCUGGUGGUGAUCGUUGUCUGGGCGACCUCUCCCGAUCUGAAGGGUGCGGCUCAGUGCCGCGCCGAGCUGCAGGAAGCCAAAGAGAAGCUGGCGGGCGCCAAAGUGGUGUUCGCCGAGAACAAGGCGGCGCUGGAGGACAUGGUGCACGCGGCGAGGGAAGAGACCGCUCGCCAGACGGCCGAGGUCGUUCUGGUACUCGCACGCCUCAACGCCACCAACGCCACGCUGCAGCAAAGCCUGCAGGAAAACGCCGUCCUGAAGGGGAACAUCAGCGUGCUCCAGGAGAGGGUGGAGACUCUGCGUCAGACCGAGGCCAACCUCACAGCUCACAUCUCCCUACAGGACGACCACAUAGAGGCCCUGCAGCAGAACGUGACCCAGUUCGGCCACCAGAUGGAGUCGUGUCUCAGCCUGAGGACCGCUGCAGAGAGCCAGAUGUUGGCGUCCCAGAGUCAGACCAGAGCCUGCCAGUCCCAGCAGCAGUACCUCAACAAACAGCUUCAGAAGUGUAAAGAGGACGCUGUCUCUGAAAAAGCUAAGGAGACGAAGCAGGAGCAGAAGGAUGCCCCGUCCACAGCCUCGCCGCUCGCUGGGCUUCCUGCGCUGACGCUGCUCGUCUGCAGCGCUCUGCACAUCAUCACCUGUGAGUACACCGACCAAUCACAUGGCUAGAAACCCUACGCAAACUCCCUGUGAGUACAGCGACCAAUCACACGGCUAGAAACCCUACGCAAACUCCCUGUGAGUACACCGACCAAUCACAUGGCUAGAAACCCACCGCAAACUCCCUGUGAGUUCACCGACCAAUCACACGGCUAGAAACACACCGCAAACUCCCUGUGAGUACACCGACCAAUCACACGGCUAGAAACCCACCGCAAACUCCCUGUGAGUACACCGACCAAUCACAUGGCUAGAAACCCAACGCAAACUCCCUGUGAGUACACCGACCAAUCACAUGGCUAGAAACCAACCGCAAACUCCCUGUGAGUACACCGACCAAUCACAUGGCUAGAAACCAACCGCAAACUCCCUGUGAGUACACCGACCAAUCACAUGGCUAGAAACCCAACGCAAACUCCCUGUGAGUACACCGACCAAUCACACGGCUAGAAACCCUACGCAAACUCCCUGUGAGUACACCGACCAAUCACAUGGCUAGAAACCCAACGCAAACUCCCUGUGAGUACACCGACCAAUCACACGGCUAGAAACCCUACGCAAACUCCCUGUGAGUACACCGACCAAUCACAUGGCUAGAAACCCACCGCAAACUCCCUGUGAGUACACCGACCAAUCACAUGGCUAGAAACCCACCGCAAACUCCCUGUGAGUACACCGACCAAUCACACGGCUAGAAACCCAACGCAAACUCCCUGUGAGUACACCGACCAAUCACACGGCUAGAAACCCUACGCAAACUCCCGCUGCACCCGCCCAUCUAUGUGACUAAAACAGGAGACAUGUUCAGGCCCAGGGUGUAGCU